AUGAUCCUCCAGCUGGACUCGCAGGUGACCCUCUCUGUUCCUCUCGGGCUCUUUCCCUCAUGGAGAGCGGAUUUCCUACUUCAAAGAGAGAUGGGCUGUACUCCGUCUAAGUCUGCCGUCAUUUACACACAGGACAGGGUCUGUCGGGACCUGGAAACCUGCUCUACUUUUGUCCCCAGCUUAAAGAGCUCGGUGUCCACACCGGAGAAACCUCGGCACUGUGAGGAGACCAGUGGCGGCAGACAAGCCUUUCUGAGCGGUGAGUGUGCGGUCAGUAAAUCCAUUAUUUUUUUUUCCACAUGUGAUACUCUUGUCUAGUAGAGCGAUACUCCACAUUUUGAUGUAGUUUUCUGGUCAUUUGUUCCCCUCAGUCCCCAGCAGAGAUGCCCUCAGUCGGUCGGUGAGUCAGUCCUCGUGCACAGAGUCGUGGAGCCCCCCGGGUUGCUCGUGCCUUGCGGAUCAGUUGAGCUUGACGCCCUGCAGUCCGACUCCGGAUCUGAACAGUGAUACGGAGGGCUUUGGGACAGCCUAA